AUGCUCAGACAACUGCUUCUUGACUGUGGGAAGCUUGUUUCAAUAUCUGAAGCUGAAGAGAAAUUGAGGGUAGAAGGGGCGUGGACUGGGGUCUUGGAAUUAAACUUGGAAGAAUGGAAGGUGCCCAUGUUGAGAGAAGAAGUUGCUAAACAAUCCGGCUGCUCUAAUGGUCCACAGAUGAUCAACUUGACAUCCUCCGGCAAGGUUUUGAAAGACGUCGAUGGCACUGAAAAGUUAUCUCAAUUGGGUCUUAGAAACAAUUGUAAGGUUAUGGCCACUAAGAUCUCCGUUGAUCAAGGCAAAUUGAAGCAAGAAUUUUUCGCUAAAGAAGAGCGCUGUAAGCGACACUCCAGGCUCAACCUAGGUCUGAAGGAUGCAUUAGUUUCUGCCGAUUCUCUUGGUCUCAUCUCUUGCUUGAUUCCUAUAAUAGAUCUGCCACGACUUUACUAG